GACUAAUUAAGGAACUUUGAGCAGUUCAAGAAUUUCGAACGUAGCCUACAACGGGAAGCAGUAGUACGUGAUGCACUACACAAGACAGCGGUGCGACCAUUUUACGUUCCUGCCACGGCAUAUUCCUGUAGUCGUGGUAAACACUCUCAUCAAUGUAGCGCCUUGGUUUCUACAGCCAGCAGCCUCUUGAACGUCGAUAUAAAGGCAGGAAUCUCACAAAGUCUAGUAUUUAUUCUCGUUCUGUGGUCAUUCCCAGCUGCCCCGUGCCUAUAAGAUUUCGACCUCAUUACGUUGCCAGGACGACAGAUGAAUACUCUUUCCGCGUGGAUUUUCAGCCUGAGUGUGCUGCCUAGGAAAUGGCGGCAAGUCCAACCGGAAACAGAGACGUCGGGCGCGACACACCUGGAUGUAGGCUCCAAUGAUAAUGAACGCCCGGUCGACCUUACUGCGAAGGUCGUGAAGGACUUGGCUUAUGCUACUGCCCAGGGCAGUUUCGGUGACGUAUGGAAAUGUAUGGUCUCAGACAAAGAUAAUAACGUGGAGGUGGCGGUUAAAUGCGUCAGGAUCGAAAUUCAGGAUGACAGUUUCAAGAAAAUCGUCAACGAGAGGUUAAUGGACGACUUCUGCAAGUGGAAACUACUGCGUCAUGAUAACAUUCUUUCCUUGUACGGGAUUACCUACGGAUUUGGUCCAGUACCAGCUAUCGUAUUUCCAUGGAUGACCAACGGAUCCUUGAGCACGUAUCUUGGUAGAAACUAUGACAGUCUCUCCGGGGCUCACAAGUUCGGUUUGCUUGCUGAUGUAGCUGAUGGUCUUCAAUAUCUCCACUCUAAGGGUGUAGUUCAUGCGGAUCUCACAGGUAGCAAUGUGCUCAUCAAUAGCGAAGGAAGAGCUAUUGUAGCAGACUAUGGGCUCUUGACUACAUGUUCCGACCUGAACGGGACCUCUUACAUCAGGAGUAACGUACGAUGGUCGGCGCCUGAGCUCUUCGAGGUUCCGGACACCGAGGAUAUAUCUAGCUCACCAAAACCAGAGAGUGACAUUUAUUCAUUUGGAUGCAUCGCAUACCAGGUUUUAUCGGGCAAGCAGCCGUACUGUAACAUUCGCAGUGAUCACCAGGUAGUCGUGGCCAUCCUCAAAGGUGUCAAGCCCAAGCGUCCAGACAUCCCUGCCAUCGAGGAUUGUCACUGGAACUUUAUCGAGCAAUGCUGGGUUGAGUCAUCACAACGACCUCCUAUUGCUGAUGUCCGAGAUUUGAUGUCUCACUAUAGAGAUGCUAUGCGUUAACCCAGGGCUUACGGUCUUCGCAUGUAAUCAACGCUCACGAGUUGGACACCGCACA